AUGGCGGCGUCCCUGAAGUGCUUUCUCCGCUCGGGAAAGAAUGCCGUGUCGGCUCUGCGGCGGCGGGAUUUUCACCGGAGUGCUCCUGCCGCUGUGCAGGUGAUGGUUCGUGAUGCCCUGAACCAGGCGAUGGAUGAGGAGCUGGAGAGGGACGAGCGGGUCUUCCUGUUGGGUGAGGAGGUGGCCCAGUACGACGGAGCCUACAAGGUGAGCAGGGGUCUGUGGAAGAAAUACGGAGACAAACGCAUCAUCGACACUCCAAUCACGGAGAUGGGUUUUGCUGGCAUCGCAGUGGGAGCCGCCAUGGCUGGCCUGAGACCCAUCUGCGAGUUCAUGACCUUUAAUUUCUCCAUGCAAGCCAUCGACCAGGUCAUCAACUCUGCGGCAAAGACCUACUACAUGUCAGCUGGUCUGCAGCCGGUACCCAUCGUCUUCAGGGGACCCAACGGAGCGUCAGCGGGCGUCGCCGCACAGCACUCGCAAUGCUUCGCUGCAUGGUAUGGUCACUGUCCAGGUCUGAAGGUUGUGAGUCCCUGGAGUUCAGAAGAUGCCAAAGGUCUCCUGAAAUCAGCAAUCAGAGACGACAACCCUGUGGUGUUCCUGGAGAACGAACUGAUGUACGGCGUUCCCUUCGAGAUGUCGGAGGAGGCACUAUCCAAAGACUUCACCAUUCCCAUCGGCAAGGCCAAGGUGGAGAGACAAGGGAGUCACGUGACUUUGGUCACUCACUCUCGGUACGUCAGUCACUGCCUGGAUGCUGCUGCCGUCCUCGCCAAGGAGGGAAUCGAGUGCGAGGUGAUCAACCUGCGGACAAUCCGUCCUAUGGAUGUCGAGAGUAUUGAGACCAGCGUGAUGAAGACCAACCACCUGGUGACGGUGGAGGGCGGCUGGCCUCAGUUUGGCGUUGGAGCUGAGAUCUGCGCCAGGAUCAUGGAAGGUCCUGCCUUCAACUACCUGGACUCUCCGGUCACCAGGGUGACCGGCGUCGACAUCCCCAUGCCGUACGCCAAAAUCCUGGAGGACAACAGCCUGCCGCAGAUCAAAGACAUCAUCUUCUCUGUCAAAAAGACCCUCAAUGUCUGAGACACAUGCACACACACAGGACAAACCUACCUGAAUCCUCUUUGUCUUGUUCACACAGAUGGUUGAAACAUUGUCUGAUAAAACAUUUGAACCAUGUGUAAAUACAGCCAAAUGGUUCCUUUUAAAAAAACGUAGCCAGAUGUUGGUCAAUGAAACGCACAGAUGUUUGUCUGCACCCAGAGCAGGUCAACACACAGAGUUCAGUCAAGUUGUUACCUCUGUUUAUCAGUUACAGACUUGACCAAACUCAGUGUGUGGCUCUGGCUGCUCCCUCCUCUUCCUCCCCUUCAUAAUAAAAGUUGCUCUCUCCUAUAGGCUUUUCUAAGGAAGUUUGGUUACAACAAAACUGCUGAGCCAGCACAAAAAAUAUCAGAUUUGUGUUUUGAGAGACUGACAUGUGUCUGUAGAGUCGUGUAUCAGUCAGAUUCUUCAACUUAUUUAACUACCUAUUAUUAUAUUUGACAUUGAUGCCACCCCAUUUUUAAUAUUUCACCAACUAAGUAUUGAGAAAAGUGCUCAUGCUCUUUACCAAAACAGUCUGAACUCUGAUUCAGACUUAGAGACAACAUUUUUGCUCUCAGUAGUUUUGUUGUUAAUAAACUCCCACAUAUUUCUAACCACCAAAACAUAUAGUGGUCUAUUAGCUUCAUUCCUCACAGCGACUUGGAUUCGUUUAAAGGCAGCAGUGAAGAAGAAUGAACCAGCUGAGUGCUGGAGGUGGUGCGUGGUCAGGAAUAUUUAUUGUAGCUGCAGCAGCUCUGUGGAUGUUUUUGUUGCUGUAAAUGAAUCUGUUACAGAAAUAAAAACCUUUCAGUCCUU